AUGACUCUCACCUGCUCGGACUAUACCAUCGGCUGGAUCUGCGCUCUCCCCUUGGAGAUGGCCGCCGCUAAAGCAGCGCUCGACGAACUGCACCCCCGACUCCCCGUCAGCCCCAACGACCACAACAUCUACACUCUCGGUGCCAUCAAGGGCCACAACAUCACCAUCGCUUGCCUUCCCUCCGGCAUCUACGGUACCACCUCCGCCGGCAUUGUUGCUAGUCAUCUCACCACCACCUUUGCAGCUCUCCGCUUUACCCUAAUGGUAGGCAUCGCCGGCGGCGUCCCCCAUACUCGCACAGCCGAUAUCCGUUUAGGGGAUAUAGUAGUCAGCAAACCCACUGGCACGACCGGCGGUGUUAUCCAGUACGACUACGGCAAGACCCUAACGAGCGGCCGUUUCCAACGCACAGGGUGUCUGAAUAAGCCCCCCGGCGGAACUAUUAGCCGCGCUAGUGACACUUGA